UUCCUAAUUGUUGUGAAUUUGAAGGAAGAAAAGCUUCAGUUCAUAGAUAAUAUGAGUUAUGAUACAAAGUACAUGAGUGAGGUUGAGAAGUUCUCUGAUGUUCUGAGUGAUAUGCUGAGUACUUUUCUUGAUCAACGCCUUCCUCAAAGUAAUGACUCAGUGAAGAACAUGAUUGAGUAUACUUUGGAGUCACCUUCUGUAAAUUGGAAGUCUGGAAAACAGAAGAAUAAUGAUAGUGGCAUUUAUACUAUGGUCAGCAUGCUUUACUUUGAUGGAGCUGAUGUGUUCGACUGCAAUGUUUUGAAAACGGUUUCAACUAGACGGACAUUGAGAGCUCAGAUUGCUGCUACUCUGGUAUUAUCUGAUAUGAACAUUGUCAGAGAUGAAGUUCUUGAAAAGCUAUCUGAAUUCAGAUUAAUAAGGAGUCAAGUUGCAAAAGAUGUUUUUGAUGGGAUUAAGAAGAAAACAAAGCAAGGUAAAAAGGAAAAGAAAGUAUAGGCAGACUAACGAAUAUGUGGAUGAAGUUUUUUGCUCGGAAGUAUUUGUAUUUUGCACAGAAGUAGGAAAUCUAAUGUAAUGAUGUAGUUUGCAUCAACAAAUGGAUAAUCUGACAAAAUUGUAUAAGUGUUAAUAUAGAACAAUAUGAUAUGAUUCCAGUUCAUACAAAGCUUUUGAAUUGGUGGUAUUGGUAGUUCUUUUGAUAUGUAAUCUUUAAUUGACAUUCAAGAAAGUUUAGUGAAAUAUAUAUUAGUUAUAAAUUUGGCGCCUAUGUUAUAAAAAAAUGGUACCUAUGUUAUUUAAAAAGGUUUCUAUAUGAUAAGGUCACUAUGUAUUUAAAAAGGUAUCUAUGUUAUUUAAAAGGUUUCUAUAUUAUAAGGUCACUAUGUAUUUAAAAUGUUAUUAGUUCAAUGUGUUAUAUAUAAUUAAGUUAUAAUGCAAAAUUAUCACCAUAUUCAUUAUUAUAUUUUGUAUACAUAUGUGACAAGUUUUCAAAGGACCUAUGAUAAAUAUGUACCUAAAAAUGUCUAACUUUUUUUUAUCUCUUAAAAAAGAAAAGAAAAACUUGAAAAAGGAUAUUAUAUUACUUUUUAUAGUCAUUAUGUAAGUAAAAUGGCAUUAUAUGAGGUAAAAAUUUCCAAUUACUAUGCGAUGCAAAAGGAUCACUAUGAGAUGCAAGAGCGUUACUAUGUGAUAAAAAAGAUGUCUAUAAUAAUCUGUCUCUAUUUAAAUAAAAGGUCACUAUGUAAGGUAAAAGUGUCGUAUUUAUAUUAAUCUAUUCUUAAGCUAUUCAUUUAGUAUAUCAAUUAAAAG